GCUUGCAGCCAUCAUACAAUUAUUUAUUUGUUUAAUAAAUGUAAGUCAAUAUUUGUUGUUGCCAUACAUAUAAUCCAAUUAUAUAUCUGUAGAAGGAACAUAGUAAAGAAAGUGCAACUAGCAAUUUCAAAUUGCAUAAUAAACGUAAGGCGAUUUAACCAGCAACUCGAGGUUGUAUACUUAUGCUUAAAUACUGUACACUUGUUACUGGAUACUGAAGAACUGCGCACCAUAACAUUUAUGGAUCAAUCAAUCGUAUCAUAUCAGUAUGGAUCAACUUAUUUCAAAUGAGUUCUAAUUCGUGACGUUAGGGUACUAAAUUGUUCGAUAUCCAGGACAAUAUAAUGACCAGUAAAUGCCAUGAAAUUACCCCUGGUGGGAUCACUCCAGUUCAGCAGAUGGUGUCAUCUUGCUCAGGAGCAAUCCUCACCUCACUCCUCGUUACACCUUUGGAUGUUGUGAAGAUCAGACUUCAAGCACAACACAAUCCAUUUCUCAAAGGCAGAUGUUUUGUCUACUGCAAUGGCCUCAUGGACCACUUAUGUCUGUGUGAAAACGGCAACUCGAAAGUCUGGUACAAGGCUCCUGGUCAUUUCAGCGGUACACUGGAUGCCUUUAUUAAAAUUAUACGACAUGAAGGAAUCAAGUCCCUCUGGAGCGGUCUCCCUCCAACCCUCGUGAUGGCCGUCCCGGCGACUGUGAUCUACUUCACAUGUUAUGACCAGCUGUGUGUGGCCCUGAAGGCCAGGAUGGAGGGCCAAACGGAAAUGGCUCCUCUCUUUGCUGGAGCUAUCGCUAGAGUAGGCUCGGUGACGGUGAUCAGCCCCCUGGAGCUGAUCCGCACCAAGCUCCAGUCUCAGAAGCAGUCCUACAGGGAGCUGGGCACCUGCAUCCGCACGGCGGUGGAGAGCGCCGGGUGGCUGUCUCUGUGGAGGGGCUGGGGCCCCACGCUGCUCAGGGACGUGCCCUUCUCCGCCAUGUACUGGUACAACUACGAGAAGGGGAAAGCCUGGCUGUGCGAGCGGAACAACACCACAGAAGCCACGUUUGCCAUCACCUUCCUCUCCGGGGCUGCAUCUGGUGCUAUUGCCUCUAUAGCUACUUUACCAUUUGACGUGGUCAAGACUCGACGGCAGGUCGAGCUUGGAGAGUUACAAGCACUGAAUUUGUCAUUGUGCAAGAGCUCCAGCUCCACAUGGAGCGUGAUGAGCAGGAUCGUGGCCGAGAGCGGCCCUCGCGGACUGUUCGCAGGCUUCCUGCCCAGGCUAAUCAAGGUGGCCCCGGCCUGUGCCAUUAUGAUCAGCACCUAUGAGUUUGGGAAGGCCUUCUUCCACAAGCAGAACCAGGAGACCAGACUGGUUCGGCUUCAGCCUGGCAACAGCUGAUUCGCCCCCGCUCCUCAGUGCAUUUGAUUGACUGAUGCAAAGCCCAUGUGAGCCCAUGUUGCCUGAGCUGGUCCUUUGCAAGCGAGUGCCAAAAGAAAACUAUUGCAUAUAUUUAGAUUGGUUUUGUUAAUGAAUGACAGGCAUAUUUAUCAUGAUUUGAUGAUCAAUGCAUACCAGUUAAGAGUCCUUCUGAGUCGGGUAUGAUGCAAGCUGUGAUUUAUGUAGACUAGUUGAUGCAGACUAAAGAACCUCCCAUUUCCCUGGAGAACAGGGAAAUAGGGCAAUGGCAACAAGCAGUGAGAGCAACCAUAAAUGGUUGCUCUCACUGCUUGUUGUCAAUGCCCCAUUUCCUUUGAUAUAUGGGAGAGUGGAAGGGGCAGACGUUAUGAAGAUACCACUGGACCACACGGUCCAUUAUGAGCACACGUCUUUGAGUCAUUCUAUUUUCCAAAUCUGAUUAGGUUUAAAUUAAAUAAAUGUGUUUUUCUUUACUCAA